AUGGCAUCAACAGAAAAAUUAAUAGAACGAUUUUGGCUCGUAAAAAGUUUCAACAAUUUCUUGAGGAUGAUAAUAACGGAUUCAGCUGAUGGUAAAUUUAGUUUCGAAAUACCUAUCCAAGAAUAUCAUCUGAAUGCAUCCAAGUCACUUCAUGGAGGGAUGAUAGCAUCAUUAGUCGAUUUUUGUGGUGUGAUAGCUUCUACAUCUAAAGGAGUGCGCCUUACAACUCUUAGUACGGAUCUAAAUGUUUCAUACGUCGCAUCAGCGAGAUAUGGUGACACUAUACUUGUGAAUGCAGAAUGUGUAAAGCUUGAUAAAACAUUUGCAUUUACCGCUGUAAAGGUGCACAAUAAAGCUGAUGGAAGGUUGAUAGCUCAAGGCAGACUUACUUUGUUAGUUACUAGCAUUCUUAAUGACCCUGAAAAUGAAUUUAAGAAUGAAAACGAAAGUUGUAAAAUCUAUUUGAUUAAGUAA